AUGACAACUGACAACGAUUCAGAAGGAAUUCGUUAUGUGAUAAUUGAUGAAAAUCUCGAAAAUGGUGAAAGAACCGAUAGCUAUUCAUUUACAGUAUCCGGAUCAACGGUAUAUCAUCAAAAUUUAUUAUCACUGCAACAACAUCACCGUCAUCUUUCUCAACAGCAACAAAUGCUUAGAUAUGACUGUUCUCUUCAAAAUGAAUCGUCAACUUCGACAUGGGUGGAUAAUUCAUACAGUAUACCAGUUUCAAAUAAUACACACUAUUUGGCGCGAUGUAACAUUUGUGAUGCUCUCUUUGAUUUAGAGGAAUAUCUGAAUCAUACGAAAAAUUGUAGAUUAGAAAAGUCUUACAAAUGUGACAUAUGUGGUAAUGAAUAUAAUAAGGAACAUAAUUUGAAGCUACAUCAUCUUGGACAGCAUGAUAAGGCAGUGGUUGAAAAUGAUAAAUAUAUAUGUUCGUUUUGCCCAAAAAAAUAUGCUCGAUUAGCAGCUUAUUAUGCUCACCUUCAAAUCCAUGGCUUGAAUGAUUCCCUUAUAUGUACAUUUUGUAAAGAAGAAUUUGAUUUCCAGGUGCUUUUAAACAAACAUUUACGCCUGCAGCAUUGCUAUCCUCGUUUGGAAGAUAUCGCUACUGUUGAAAUAUGUAAGAAAUGUGGUAUUGUUAUUUUCAGCAAAGAAGCAAUGGAUGAACACAAACAAAUACAUCGGAAAAUAAACAAGACAAUGAAAAGAAAUAAACGAAAGCGUGAAUCAUAUUCUGGUGAUGGAGCUCAUAAAUGUGAAGUUUGUAGCAAAACUUUUAAAAAAAAGUUUGAAUUGAUACGACAUUAUGUUGUCCAUACAAAAGAACGUCGCUUUGUAUGUGAAAUUUGUGGAAAACGAUUCUCUCAAAAAGCUUCUCUGGGACAACAUACGCUCACGCAUAAUGCAUCUACUGCUCAAAAUCAUAAAUGUUCACUUUGUGAUGCAACUUUCUCACAAGCUGGAAAUUUACGUCGGCAUGUGAAACUUUUGCAUCCUCCAGAUGCUACAUCGCGUGCAGUUUUUCGAUGUUUCAAAUGUAGUUGUGUAUUCAAUUCGUUGCAGCCGCUACAAGUUCAUGCUCGAAAACGGCAUCCAGAAGAAGUAACCCUAAAAAAUUCUAUGAUCGCUGAAGAAGGAACUACUAAUUUACAGGAAUUAAAGAAAAAUAAGUUGUUUUGUUGCUCUAUGUGCGGGAAAGGUUUUGGCAAAACAUCCGAUUUAAUGCGACAUUAUCGAAUACAUAGUGGUGAACGACCAUUUUCAUGUAAUCGAUGUGGUCGAGAUUUUAACUUGAAAUCUUCAUUAAAGUUACAUAUGGAUAGUCAUGUUCGUGCUGACCAUCCCGAUAAUUAUUACACAUGUGCACGAUGUCCUGUUUGCAUGAAACAGUUAGCAUCGGCACCAUCAUUACGUCGUCAUCUUAAAAUUCAUGAAAGACCAUUGGAGCAUUGUGGAGUGUGUUCGCAAAUUUUUCUGAGCAAAAAAGCAUUGGAGCAACAUCAAAUAGCCUGUUUAACAGCAAAUGCUGAAGUUGGCUCAUCUGGAAGUUUGCUGGAACUUUUACCACCUACUGAAAAUACUCCUGUAAAUACUGAACCGGAACGAAGACCCUACAAAUGCCGCACCUGUACGGCAUCAUUUUCAACACUUCGCUGUUUAAAAGAACAUAUUAAUCGACACACGGGCAUUAAACCACAUAUAUGCCGAUUAUGUUACAAGUCAUUUUAUUCCUUAGCUCAGUUAAAAUGUCACAGCGAGAUACAUACAAACAAGCGGCCAUUCAGAUGUUUAACCUGUGAUCAAACAUUCAGACGUCAUUCUCAACUAAAAGCGCAUGCAAGCAAACACCCACGACCAAGCAGCUUAAUGAACUUUGAAUCUUUUUCAUGGUCACCCGAUAAUUUAUUCAGUAAAAGUGUGCAAGAUGAUAAUGCUCAUUUUAGUGAAAAUGAUCUUACCAACUUUGAUUUUUCAUCAUUGGACGCUGAUUCGAAACAGUUGAAUAUAGAUGAUAGUUCAGCUGAGACAUCCUAUUUGAAUAGUUGUUUGAUAUCACAGGACUGCGAUUUAAUAAAUGGCUUAGCAGUUGAAAAAUCUCAAGAGACCCGUUGCCCUGUGUGCUUUUUUAGUUUCAGUUCAGAUGCUACAUUAUCAACUCAUUUGUACAAUAUGACUUCUGAUCCACUACACAGUCUUCCUGUUUUGGCAUGUAAUCAUUGUUCAAAAACGUUUUCCGGAUGCGUUGGCCUUGCUGAUCAUUUACAAGCAUUUCAUCGUCCUAAUCAGCAUGAAGAACGAAGUUUCACCUGUGAUGCGAAUUUCUUACUUAAGGAAGAUCAGCGAUCGCAUGUAUGUGAUGUAUGUGAUCGGCGAUUCAAAAAACCAUCAGAUUUGGUGCGACAUAAAAGAAUUCAUACAGGUGAGAAACCCUUUUCAUGUGGGAUAUGUGAACGAUCUUUCCGAGUUAAAUCAACGUUAUAUCAACACUUGAAAAUACAUGAGGAUUUGGGUAAUGCACGUGAAAUGUGUACAUUGUGUAAACGAUGCUACUGUUCAUUAUCAGCAUUACGACAGCAUUUGUAUUUAGCUCAUGCGGAAGAGAAAUCUUUCAAAUGUACGAAUGAAACAUGCAACGAACGGUUUAAGACUGCUCGUAGCCGUGAUGCACACGUCAGACAAUUCCAUUCGUACAUAACUGCUGACGGUAUUAACCAUCAUCAGUCAUCACUUGCUGCCAGUGAGCAAUUCCAGGCAACUGCCUUACAGCUAGCGCCUGAUCCUAAAAAUGCAGGAUUUGUGCAACCUUCAUUUAAUUCUGCCUUUUCACGUAUUGUAAACAAGGACAUUAAUAAUACGACAACGCAUCUUGUAUUAAGACUACAGCCGCAUCUGAAUCCACAGACUAUUGAAGUGACAAUUAAUGAAAUUUCUGUUAGCAAUGUAAAUGAAAUAAAUAAUUGUGGUGCAAUUGUGAUUCCGAUGCAAAUGCUGCGCUCCUUAUUACCGGAAGGUGUAAUGCUUCGAAUUGCUAUUUCUUAUCCGUUCCUAAAUGCUGGUUCAUUUAUAAUUGUCGAUUCACGACGCAUGUUUUCUUUUUUGUCAGAAAAAAGAACGGAUACAAUAAUGGUACCGGUGAACACAUCCGUAGAACUUACCAAUUUACCAUUAAGUUUAUAUACAAGUGCUCAAGAUUUCGACUCUUUGGCACAACCACCAACAUUCACUUCCAAUUGUGUUAUUUGUGAUGAAACUUUUUCCACUCAACAAGAAAGUGAUGCACAUUUCAGUAGUGAAGAUCAUGAAACAGCACAGUUUUUCUCGCUUCCGCAAUUAACACGUCAUUUGGAUGGAGCAACAGCAACAGUAAACAACAAUCAUUUUCAACCAUUCAUGAUUUCUAGAACAAGAAUGGAAGUAUGUAAGCUGUGCUUGGAGCAGUUUCAAGAUCGCGAAUGCUUAUUGGCACAUAUCCGUCGGGAGCAUGAACGAGACAGUAUUGAUUUGCUUGACCGAAAUGAUUUGAUGAAUUCAGAUAUUAAAUGCGCGAAAAUGGACUUUAUUCGGUUCAAAAAUUGUAUUGUAUCAAAUAUAUCGCUAUGGAAAUAUUGCAAAUUUUAUUCAAAUUACUGCAUAAAUCUUGUUUUUAUGAAGGAUUUCGAUAGGUUACCACUUGUGGGUUUUUCGAUUUGUUCUGGUUUUGAAAUUAUUAAACAGAAACUGCAUCCAAAUAAUACGGUAGCGUACAAGAGUUGGGAUUUACCAGAAAUGCCGUUAUGGGCGAAGAAUCGUGUAGAAGCAGAUGAUUAUCUACGAAUAUUGUUACGGUUUGAAAAUAAACGCUUAGGUGUCUGUUUUCGUCUUAAUUCAUUCCCACCAUCAUGUUAUGUUUAUUUCGAUUAUCUUCCGAAUCACCCAAUGGAAGAGUUAUAUUUAGCACUGGCAAACUGUAAAAUGUUCAAUGAACAGGGCAUACCUCUUAUUGCAAUUUUAAAUCCUCUCGAAAUGUUUACAUGGACAGUGCAAAAGAAAUAUAAGGCUGUCAAUAAAGAUGAUCGAAAAGCUAUUAAACCAUCGAUGGAAAUCGUGACAUCUACUGAGUCCAAGAAGACCAUAACACCAUUAUGUACAUUUUGUUGGGAACGACCAAUCGAUGUGCUUUUUAUGCCAUGCAAUCAUGCAGUAUGUUGUAAAUUUUGUAAGGAUAAUUAUAUCAAACAUGAACGACAACAAAAUAAAGCAAAAAAGUUAUCAAUGGAUAUUGUGUGCCCAGUUUGUCGAAAAAAAAUUGAAAGUGUUGCACAAAUAUGGUUUCCCAAAAUUUGUCGUUGUUUACUGUGUACAUAUGAUUGUAAUAUGAUGUCAGCAGUUGCUGGUGGUGAAAAUGGUUGCGGAUGUGUUAUUGGAUGUUAUGAGAAAGCGCGAAAAUUAUGUGAUGAGGGUGGUUUAUGUCCACAUUGUCACAAAAAGCUUGUUGAUGUGUUGCAAAUUUUCAUUCAAGGUGAGUGGGAACAAUGA